AUUUCAGCCCAAAAAUAAACCGUUCAACUCACAAUUUGUGCCCUACUCCACAACACUUCUUUGGCGAAGCAUCAAAGUUCAUCCUCCCCGCGGCGUAUUGACGACAUCAAGCUAUAGCAUCACUGUGAUUUCAAGUUGCCAAUCUCUAUUCUUAGCCUCUCACAGCAUGUUGGUUGUUUGGAUCAGAAGUUGAUCUUAUCAACAUUCAGCUUUCUUUUCUUUUAAUGCUUCUAUGUUUUCAACCAUUACGGCUAUCUGGAAUGUUAUGUUUCUUUCGUUUGGCGGUGCUGUGACAUACAGACCUGUGGAAGACAGUGCUUUUGCUGUAGCACGAUUCUUCCAGCGAGGGGGAACCUUCCAAAAUUAUUAUAUGUACCAUGGUGGGACUAACUUUGGCCGAACCACUGGUGGACCAUUCAUUGCUACAAGUUAUGAUUAUGAUGCUCCAAUUGAUGAGUGUGGACUUCUUAGACAACCUAAGUGGGGCCACCUAAAAGAUGCGCAUAAAGCCAUAAAACUUUGUGAACCAGCAAUGGCUGCCACUGGUCCAACAAUUACUUCCCUUGGUUCAAAUUUGGAGGUAUUCCUAUAAUUCUCUAAUCCUUAACCGGUUUCUUAGGGAACUUUCUCCUCUGUGAUUGACUGUGGUUCUUCAGCAAUCUAAUGCUUCUAUAGUAAAACAAAAAAAUAUUUAAAAAUUGAGACAAAAGUCAAAAAGUCAAAAGUCCUUUCCAAACUAGACUUUUUAGCCCCAGGCUAAAAUAAUCAAAAAAAAUUAAAAAACUAAAAAAUCAACCCAUUUUCCAAACAAAGCCUAAAAAAAUCAAGUAUUUACUAUCUUCCGAAAACACCACAUUAUAAAUAAUAAGUUGAGACAAAGGAGACAUUAGGACAGGUGACGUAAUACCAAUCAAUUACUUGAGAAUGGAUAUUAAUGGCCACAUCUUUAUUAGUUUUAUAAGUUUAAUGUUGAUACAAGCACUAAAACGACUAUAAUAUUUAAAAAUUACAAUUAAAGUUUAUUAGCUUAAUUUCAUCUAUAACUGUUAAAAUAUUUAAAAAUUACAAUUAAAGUUUAUUAGCUUAAUUUCAUCUAUAACUGUUAAAAUAAUAAAUUGGUCUCGUUUGGGAACAUAUUUUUUUAAUAAUUUUUUAACAUUUUAAUUAAAAUAUGAUGUAAAAAAAAACUAAGAUUGUGUUUGGUUAUGUUCUGAAAUCAUGAAUCAGCAGCAUCACUCACAUAUGAUGUUUGGUAGGUGUUUUGUAAUCACCUUUCAAAAACUCUGCAGAGCGCUCUGUCUCAGCAACUGUUUUCAGGAUUUUUUUUUUGAAAAUUUUGCCUGACGGUUGACCGGAAUAGUAUUUUUU